AUGCCGAGGCAAUUCAUCUGUAAAGCAGAAAGUGGGAGGCUGACUCUAACAGCUGUAGCAAUACAGGACCAUAUCACAAGAAGCAUUUCUGUUCGAAACAUCCCCUGCAACCUCCUUGCGUCAGACGUUUCCUGUCGAGCUGCCUUUGGGGCUGCCCAUGGUAGUAGGAGGCACAAGAAACAAAGCACAAGGCAGAGAGUCAAAGAUGCUGAGCAGACACAGGAGCAAGAGGAACAUGAGUAUGUGUUGGAUCCUGCCCCUCCACCUCUGACUCUCGCUCAGAGGAUGGGUCUGGUGGCAGCUCCCUCAAGAAGACUAACAGCAGAGGAGUGGGCAGAGGUUAAAGCCAGGUCCAUCCAGGAGGGAGAUUCAACCCUGCCUUGUGUGAUCUGCAGGGAGGAGUUUCGUCUACAACCUCAGGUCCUACUCUCCUGUUCCCAUGUAUUUCACAAAGUAUGCCUGAGGUCCUUUGAAAACUUCUCGGGCAGGAAGAGCUGCCCCAUGUGCAGGAAGGAACAGUACGAGACGAGAGUGAUCUAUGAUGGCGCUCGGCUCUAUCGGGAAAAAUGCGCUAUCAGAAUACAAGCUUUCUGGCGAGGCUACCUUGUUCGCAAAUGGUACAGGAACAUAAGGAAACACGUGCCUCCAAAAGACCAGCAAUUAAGACGAAGAUUCUUUGAGAAAAAGUUUCAGGAGAUUAGCGACAGCUUGGUGCAGUCAUGCAGCACAGAUGUAGAUGCGUUCCUGAAUGAUAUUGAUCACUCUGUGGCCAUGAGCCACAAUAUCCUACGCCGCUUUGACAACGAGUACAUGAGUGUUUCUAAAAUGGAGGAAAAGGACUGGCUGGAGGCUCAAGAGAAGGCUGUCCAGCGAGGUGUUCAGGACUGCCCCAUUUGCCUGAACUCCUUAAACACACACAAUUGCAUGUCUAAGGAUGGCAGAAAUGUCCUAUUAUUGUCCUGUUCCCAUCUCUUCCAUGAACCCUGUCUGCAGGCCUUUGAGCUUUUCUGCCAAGAGGUGAAACCCACAUGUCCUCUCUGCCGGUCCCGAUACACCAAAAUGCUUGUUUAGAAUUCAUGCUCAGUAUAUUUAUGAAAUAGACCAAAUAAUCUGGUGUGCAUUUAUGAGAUUAAAUUUCUCCCACUGAAAGUAUGAAUUUGUGUUAAUCAAAUUUUCACUGUGAAGCGGAUCCAAUACAGGACUGAUAAAGUUUUACUCAGUAUAUCAUAUCAUUUAAUGUAAGUAAUGUAAGUAAAUAAUGCUAACAAGCAGGGAGAAAUAGAAAAAGAACCACAGGUUCAAAAGUCACAAACUUUAUUGUAAACUGAAAAAGAAUACAAAGAAAAUUUGAACAUCUUCACAAACACCACAAACAAUGCAAUUACGUAAACACACCAAAUGGGUACGGUGAACAUUCUCUAAAUACAUCCACACAUGUAAAAUAAGAAACAAGCAAGAACAGAAUUAAGGAAAAGUAGCUUUCCCUUGUAGCUGAAGUUCCUCCUAGAGAGUAAGAACUCAAAUGAGACUGAUCACUGCACAGUAUGAACAAGCUGUUGUGGUAUGUAGGUACUGUAGGCCACGUUCUGUUUGCCAGUUGAAGAAUGUGACAGAUUUAUCAAAAUACAACACAGCACUGCUAUGUAGUUUAUUCAUUUGUGGCUCUUGUAAGGAGAACGUGUCCUACAGAAGAUGAGUUUUCAGAAGAGAGGAUUCAAGAUAAGAGACAAAUUUGAACUGAAAAACAGAAUAAGGAAUGAACAGUUUUCUUUAUCUUUCACAGUUAAUUCUAGAACAUCACUGCAAAUGCCUCUAUUUUGAGAAAACUAACACACCAAGGUGUGAAGCCUGGCACAGAAACAUCCCCCAAAAAGUCAAUUUAUUUAAAGCAAAGGAGUGGAAUUUUGAAUUUGUCCACAGAGAGUAUUGAUGGUUACUAAUGACACAGGUUGUUCUGGAAUUACAAGGUCUGCGUGCACAGAAGUGACAUUAAAAUUGGAUUUGCACUGUAAAAAAACAACAACAUUGAAAAAAGGCUCACUUCAAUGACACAAUUAUUAACAUGAUACACUUUUCCCCCCAGAAAAUCUUUCUUACAAAAUAUUGUUUGUGCAAAUCAACUGGAAGAAAAGACAUAUUUUACAUGUAACUUCUUUAAUUUAUGACAAUAAUAAUAAUAAAAAAAAUGCAUCAUAUUGAACCAUAGAACCCACUGAAGAUUUUCACUUUUUAAUGACCUUCUCAUAGGCUUUGAAUACAUUGUCCCUUAUGUCAAUCCUUUAACUUUGCAGAAGUUGCAGAAAACUAUUUCUUAAAAUUAUUUCUGCCCAAAUAUCAAAGUUCCAGAUCAGUGCCUUGAUAGUUUAUUUUUCUUUGGCCGAGUUAGAGUUAAAGUUAGAAAUAUCUCCUUACAUUUUAGUAUGCCAUGUUAUUGACAAUCACAUGAUGGAUUCACAGUGAAUUAGUCAAUAAAAAGGUACACACACACAAAAAAAACCCACAAUCAAUCUAUCACACUCUUUCACUCAUUUGCACAUCUCAUACAUGCACAGUUUGUCAACUCAAAACUGGACAAAAAAAGAGACUAAAACUGAAAAAGCCUAAAAAGUCUAUUUAAGGCAUCAGAGGUGUUUUUUUUUUUUUUUUUUCAAUAAACAAAUGCUGAGUGACUAAUUUUCCUCAAAUAGCAUAGUAUGAAUGAGGCUGAAGCGCCCAUUUCAUAUCUACAUUCUAAAAAAAUAAAAAGAGCAAAUAUACUUUAUAUACAAGUAAAUACAUAGUUUACAUUAACACUACACUCAAGGAUGCCUAUGCAGUUUUUUUUUUCUCCAAACCUUUGGUUUUGUCAGAAUUGGAAUGUCUGGACACUGUACAGAGAAUAAAAUUAACAGUAUGUUCAGUAACUUUUAGACAAAAUUAAAGCUGCACUAUGUAAGAUUUUUUUUGGUUAAAAAUGAACAAAUUGCCACUACUAAUUGAGUACAUUAACAAUCAGAGUUUAAAACAAUGUCCUUACCUUACACCGAUUCACUACUGUAAGCCUAUAAAACGGAUUUGUAUUUUGAGCUGUCGGGUUCGAUUUGGCGUGAAAUUGCUCGUUUAUGACGUUCAUCCUUACGUCAUUACGGCAUGUCCGCACACAAAGGAACGAAGGGCCGACUGUCUCAUGUUCCAGCUGGAGAAACUAACUACACUGUUCAACUCAGUUCAGUAACACUCUCACACAGUUCAGGACAGCAUCAUUGCAGUCUAGAUGGAUGUUUAUCGGUUAUCUGUUUGGCAAAGUUGUUUACCUGCUUUAAUGCUUGAAUAUGUUUUCUGGUAGGGUUGUUGAAGCUUAUAUUGCUUGUCAUACUUUUAUGAAUCAAACAUUACUCAUGUGUUAACUGAUCACGGUGCAUCUACAUUGUCCGGUUAAGUUACUGUGACAUGAUUAAUAUGUAUGACUUCUGAAAUUGACUUAUAAUUGUUAUAUUGCAUAUUUAAACAUAUUACUUUUAUGUUUAAUAAAGUGUAUUUUAUCCCCAUCA